AUGUCCCUCAAAAGGUCGCAUAGCCAGUGGCCUGAAGUUAUCCCCUCAUUUAUUCGCCGACACGAAGAACAUGUCGAUUGGGACAAUCUCGGUGCCGCCACUCGUGCAUGGAGGCAUUUUGUUCGUGAGCGGUGGGUCGGCGGCGACACCGCAGAUCAACAGAAACGAGAUCUGAUAGAAGAAUGGGCGACAGCAGACCAAGAAUUUCGAGAUGGCUAUCAAUCCCGAGCACCAGAGGACGAGCCUAAUUUUUUCGAAGGCCCCGAACUUAAAGACGAGUCUUUCAUUAAAAGUGACGUUGAAGGUUCAUGCAUGGUCUACAUCUGUAUCACCGAAUUGAACGAAGAGAAACAAGCCCUACUGGCCAAGGCUAUCCUGGGUUUAUUUCCAUGGGAGGAAGGCGAGGAAUUUCUAGCGGACGAAAUUGUGAUGUUUUUGCCCGUGAAAGAUAAUCAAGAUAUUCUCGAAACUUUCAAGCUCCAGCAAAGCGUCGCCCGGCCCGAUUUUCUCGAUAUGCAUAUGGCGCUUGAUGGAACGGUGCUUUUCAGGGAUUGUUAUCCCAAGCUGAUUAUUGAUGACCGAACCCUGGAGACAGGCCUGGGGCUUUGGGUUCAGUUCGAAACGAACGGUAUCUAUGAAACGGCCUACCGGGCCCAAAUUAUGUCGGCAGAACAUGCCGAAUGUUAUCGUGACAUUGGUCCUGGCAAUCAGAGGUCGAUACCGCUCGCGUUGCAGUAUAUUGAGAAAAGAUAUCCUGAUCUUAAUGAGAAUAGGGAUCCGAAGUUUAUCUUAGAGGAUGAGCCAGUCGAUAUGCGGAAGCCGAUUGUGGACAUCUACCAGGGUGAGGAAGUCGAUCUAGUGGAUGACUAUGCUCCUGGCUUUCGUGAGGCAGAGGAGGAGGGCAAUGGCCUAGCGAUCGGAUUUGAUUUGCGAGGGAUACUUGCGAACGAUGGAAGUUCCUUGAGAAUCACCAUUCCCAGAUGGGAAUUGCCGCUUUUAAAAGUAUAUAACACAGAAAAGCAUUACGACGUGGUGGUUGUUGGCGCCGGGUUCAGUGGCCUCCAAGCCGCUCCCUCGGUGCGGGCGACGGGCUUCAACGUUUGCGUGGUGGAGGCUACCAACCGCGUCGGCGGGAAGACUUUGACUGUCCAGUCUUGUGAGAAGGGAUUCAAUGAUCUAGGUGCAUCCUGGGUCAAUAACACCAAUCAGAGUGAGAUGUUCAAGCUCUGCAAGCGAUAUGGCGUCGAUACCGAAAUCCAACGCGACCAUGGAGACACCGUCAUCCAGUCCGCGGACGGGUCAAUUACCAAAGUGCCAUUCGGGCAGCUGCCAGGAAACCCAGAUGUGUUGCUAGGACUGCUUGACGUGUUUCGAACCACAUGCUCGCUGAUCGACUUGGACAACCCGACCAAAAGUGCCCGCGCCAGAGAGAUCGAUCAACCCACCUUCCGCGAAUUUUGCAUUCAAGAAUCCCAGUCGGAGGAUGCAUUGGACAUCGCCAACUUGCUGUCCACAUGCCUGGUCGGGGUGGAGAGUGACGAAGUUAGUGCCCUAUUCAUGCUGCUCUACUUCAAGAGUGGCGCUGGCAUCGACAACAUUAUCUCGGACCAGAAAAAUGGUGGGCAGUACCUACGAAAUCGGCAAGGAAAUCAAACAAUCUCCCAAAGAAUGGCAGAAGAACUUGGUCCGAACUCCGUCUUUCUCCGCAUGCCGGUCACUUCUAUUGACCAGCUGCGAGAUGGAUGCUGUGCGGUUCACACAGAGGGCGGCAUAAGCUUCCCCUGCAAAAGAGUAAUCGUCUCCAUCCCUACGACUCUAUAUCGUCAAAUUGCUUUCAAUCCUGCGCUGCCGAAAAGGAAGGCUAUUCUGAGCGAGAACACAGCAACGGGAUAUUAUACUAAGGUGAUCUACGUGUUUAAGGAGCCUUGGUGGCAAAAAGCUGGUUUCUCGGGUGUACUGGACUCCGACAAGGGCCCGAUCAUUUUCACCCGAGACACAAGUAUUCCCGCAGACAAUCAGUGGUCGAUUACUUGUUUUAUUGUGGGUGAUAAAGGUAGGAGCUGGUCCAAGUUGCCCCGGGCUGUUCGCCUUCAACGGGCUUGGGAACAAUUCUGCCGGGCCUUCGGCACAUUUGUCCACGUCCCUGCACCUACAAACACGUUGGAAAUGGAGUGGAUCAAGGAGCCUUUCUUCUUUGGUGCUCCUUGCCCGAUCACGACCCCGGGGGUGCUCACAAAGGUAGGCGAUGAAUUGGCCACUCCUGUUGGACGGGUGCAUUUUGUAGGCACCGAGACCUCCCGUGACUGGCGUGGAUAUAUGGAAGGCGCCGUCCGGUCUGGCCAGCGUGGAGGUGCAGAGGUGGUCAAGGCAUUAUUAGCAGAGCCUGUAGCUCAUCUAUAA